GCCGCCUUAUUUUCCCACGAGCCGCUCGUCUCCCAUCAUUGUUCAUUCGCCGCUUGCUGAGAAGAUGAAGGACGCGGUCUGCCUGUUCCUGUUAGUAUCUGCGACGGCGGUUGUGCUGUCUGCGGCUCUGGAAAUAUCUGUGCCGUCCGUCGUGACGGGGGAGGAGGGGCUCCCCCUCAACAUUCCCUGCAACUUCACCCCCCCGCCUCGGACAGACGGCCGACGCCUGGUCGGGACGUGGAGGAAAGAGGGGCUCAUCGUCGUGCACUUCUCCAUGGCCCAGAGCAUUCCCGGGGCGCGCUACGACGGGCGCCUGGGGCGCUGGAGGGAUUUCGCCUCCGGAGGGUGCUCGCUGGUGAUCAGAGUCGCGCGAACGGAGGACAGCGGGGAGUACACCAUCGCCGUGCAGGAGGACGGGCCAGAGCCUCGGCGGACGCGCACAGCAUCGGUGGCGGUCCGAGUGACCGCACGGCCCGGGCCAGGAAGCAUCCAGCAUGCCUGGCAGAAGCCAAAGCUCUCCCUGACCCCAGAGAGCGUUCGGGAAGGCGAGGCUCUCACUCUGACCUGCGCUGUGGAGAGCCACGCCCGGGGGAAGCUUUCCCUGCACAAGCUCGGAGAGCCCCGCCCGCUGAAGGAAGGGCUCGCUGCCCAGCUCACGCUCACCCUGCCCAAUGUCAGCAGAGAGGAUUCUGGGGAGUACAGCUGUGUGUUCCAGCAUGACAAGAACACAGGCACAUCAACCAUUCAGGUUUCGGUCAUGCCGGUUGUGCUGUCUGCAGCUUUGGAAAUAUCUGUGCCGUCCGUCGUGACGGGGGAGGAGGGGCUCCCCCUCAACAUCCCCUGCAACUUCACCCCCCCGCCUCGGACAGACGGCCGACGCCUGGUCGGGACGUGGAGGAAAGAGGGGCUCAUCGUCGUGCACUUCUCCAUGGGCCAGAGCAUUCCCGGGGCGCGCUACGACGGGCGCCUGGGGCGCUGGAGGGAUUUCUCCUCGGGACAGUGCUCGCUGGCGAUCAGAGCCGCGCGAACGGAGGACAGCGGGGAGUACACCAUCGCCGUGCAGGCCGCGCGAACGGAGGAAAGCGAGGAGUACACCGGUGCCGAGGACGGGCCAGAGCCUCGGCGGACGCGCACAGCAUCGGUGGCGGUCCGAGUGACCGCACGGCCCGGGCCAGGAAGCAUCCAGCAUGCCUGGCAGAAGCCAAAGCUCUCCCUGACCCCAGAGAGCGUUCGGGAAGGCGAGGCUCUCACUCUGACCUGCGCUGUGGAGAGCCACUCCCGGGGGAAGCUUUCCCUGCGCAAGCUCGGAGAGCCCCGCCCGCUGAAGGAAGGGCUCGCUGCCCAGCUCACGCUCACGCUCACCCUGCCCAAUGUCAGCAGAGGGGAUUCUGGGGAGUACAGCUGUGAGUUCCAGCAUGGCAAGAACACAGGCACAUCAACCAUUCAGGUUUCGGUCAUGCAAACGUUCAACAAACGCAACCUGGGGAUCAUCGUGGGAGUGUCCUUGAGCAUUGCCAUCAUCUUCCUCCUCUGUUGCAUCUACAUGGUACAUAAGAGGUUAAAAGGAAAGAAACAGAAACAAGAAAGAGAAGUGAACGAUCCUUACACCACACUGGACCACAAAACAAUGUCCCCUGAUUAUGACAUCAUAAGGAGGAUGACGGCAAACUCAUAAGAGUCUUGACCAGAGGCUGUAUGCCGCCCACACUAUCUUUGUGAUUUCUGCUUACUUUGUUUUAGGUUCUGUCGUGGCACAGUUUGAUUAUUUUGCGAAUAUUAAAGGGUGUCCCUAUUCCUUCCCUUUAAGCAAUGUUAGUUGUCACUUUAUCACUCAUUAUUAAGUUAUUUUUUUCAUUAUUUAUUACUUCGGUCAUCUGGCACUUUAACUGUGCAGGUUUAUAAUGUUGUCUAUAAUAAAAGACUCAAAAAAUAAGAAUAAA